UCACCGAUUUGGAGGAAGUUGGGCGACGUGAAAGCGGUGUAGUCUUUGACGUGUCCACGACUCCACGCCAAGAGGUAGAAAAGUGGUGUGCGGACUGAUUGGGUGUUUCGUGGGGACGUGGAAUCUGAACUUUUUAGAAUUCUUAGAGAAAAGGCGCAAUGCCAGCAGCACCGAGUUCUACAUCUGUUGGAGCUGGAAGUAGAUCACCAACAAAAGCUGUUGCCCCCAGAGCAGGAAGCGGAGGGACAGUAAGGCAACGUAAAACCACAUCCAGCACAGCAUCAUCAGGACGUAGCCGGAAUCAAGGACCAGGAAGUGGAGGCAUGUGGAGGUUCUACACAGAUGACUCUCCUGGAAUAAAAGUGGGCCCUGUCCCAGUGCUCGUCAUGUCACUGCUAUUCAUUGCCUCCGUUUUUAUGCUGCACAUAUGGGGAAAGUACACAAGAAGCACAUAAAAUGAGAGAGAUGCAGCAAGAAGGCAUUCUGGAUGCAGCAAGAAGGCAUUCUGUCUACAAACAAUUCCAGUCCAAUCAUGUACUGAUCAUUCCACGACAAACAUGUUAAAAUGUUCCAGUGUUAUUCCUCUUUUAUAUGUAGAGCAAAAUAAAUAAAAAAUAUAUAUAUUUAUGUUCAAAAA